UAAAAGAACGCUCCCCAGGAAGAAAAAAAAAGGUUGGUGAAGGCUGCAGCUGCAGAUUGCAAAGAAAAAUAGGUGCUGGCAAAGGCAAACUGAGCUGGCGUAAAAAGUUGUUCCAAUUUUCUGCGCUGCACUUUUGUCCCACGGGUGAAAAAGAAUGGCCCACUCUGGUCCGGGGACGGGUCCGUCGUCGUCCUGAUGGUGUGUACUUCCGUUCGCCACGGCGCAAAGACUUUCGACUCCGGAGGAGGAAAAUAGCGGAUUUUGUGUUUGUGUUCCGUCGGAGGGGGGGAAUCGGUCCGGAGAGUGGCCAAUAUAGGAAGUGGUGCUAAUUGAUUGGGUCCUCUUGUGCUCGGGUGGGGAGGAACCGUUUUGAGGUGGUCGUUUGUGUUUUUGUUCGUUUUGGAAGAGUGAAAGUUCUGUUUUUAUUCCGGAGAAGGUCAGAACGGUCUAAAAUGCGGACACUUCAAGAUCGAGGAGUGGCUCUGGUGGUGGUGGCGACCGUGAUGGCCCUGAGCUCGGUGGCCGCCGAACACAUUUCUUCCGUGCCAACGCACAACAUGUCCAACAAGGAGCGGAACGAGCUCAAGGAGGAAGCCCGUGAAAUGUUCUACCACGCGUACCGGGCCUACAUGGACAAGGCGUACCCGGCGGACGAGCUGAUGCCGCUGAGUUGCACCGGAAGAUAUCGCGGAGUGACGCCCUCCCGCGGGGAUCUGGACGACGUCCUGGGCAAGUAAGUCACAAAACUGGGA